AUAGAUGCCUAUAAAUACUUGCCCUAAUGGCACCAAUGAACAACACACAACAUCGUAGAAAACAUGGGACUCUAUUCUUCAUCACGUGCCCUUCUGGCCUCGACACUAAUGCUUUGCUUCUGCAUUCUGUUUCUUGGAGUACAUGGAGGAUCCCGCAGGCUUUAUGUCGUAUACCUAGGAGAUGUGAAACACGGACACCCAGAUGAUGUCAUCGCUUCGCACCAUGAUAUACUCAGCAAUGUUCUUGGGAGCAUGGAAGAUUCUUUGGAUUCCAUGAUUCACAACUACAAGCAUGGCUUCUCAGGGUUCGCAGCCAUGCUUACCGAAGACCAAGCUAAGCAGCUUGCAGAGUUUCCGGAAGUCAUCAGCGUCAAACCCAGCAGAAGGUGCAGGGCAACAACCACUCGAAGCUGGGACUUCCUCGACAUGAGCUACCAAAUGCCCAAUGACCUGCUCAAUAAAGGCAGAUAUGGAGAGGACGUAAUCAUCGGAGUUAUUGAUACAGGCAUCUGGCCCGAGUCCAGAAGCUUCAGCGACGAAGGGUACGGGCCCGUGCCGUUACGGUGGAAAGGCGUGUGCCAAGUCGGACAGGCCUGGGACAGCAACAACUGCAGUCGUAAGAUCAUCGGCGCACGGUUCUACAGCGCCGGAGUGCCCGAGGAAGAACUCAAGGUUGACUACCUCUCAGCCAGGGACCUGGACGGCCACGGCACGCACGUGGCCUCCACUGCAGCAGGCUCGGUCGUGGAGGGGGCCAGCUUCCAUGGCCUCGCCGCGGGUGUUGCACGAGGCGGCGCGCCCCACGCUCGCAUUGCCGUCUAUAAAAUCUUAUGGGGGAGAGACGCCGGAGGAAACGACGCCGCCCUGCUCGCGGCCAUCGACGAUGCGAUACACGACGGAGUGGACGUUCUAUCACUGUCAGUUGGUGGUUUCAGCGACAAUUCGUUCGGAGCCCUCCACGCGGUUCAGAAGGGGAUCACUGUCGUCUACGCGGCCGGGAACGACGGGCCUAGUCCGCAGACUGUUGAGAACACGUCUCCCUGGGUCAUCACCGUCGCGGCGAGCAAAAUGGAUCGGUCGUUUCCGACGGUGAUCACCCUGGGAAACAAGCAAAAGAUUGUGGGACAAUCGCUCUACUACCAAGGGAAGAACUCAUCCAGGAGCAUUUUCAGAAGUCUUGAAAACGGAGGCCUGUGCACGGCGGAUGAUCUAAAUGGUAAAGAUUUGAAAGGGAAAACUGUGCUUUGUGCAUCACCAAAUUCACCAAUGGGAGAUGGCCCGCUUUUGGUAUUCCCACAAGCGUUGCGAAACGUCCGGAAUGGAGGGGGCUCCGGUCUUAUCUUCGUUCAGUAUACCACCGAUGGUCUCACAGCAUGUGAAGGCAUUACGUGCGUUAUUGUGGACAUUGACUAUGGUAAAAAGAUCAAAGAAUACAUCAACACCACCAGCUCUCCAAUCGCAAGGAUUGAACCGGCCCGAAGCAUUACAGGUAAAGAGAUCCUAGCACCAAAAGUGGCAGCAUUCUCCUCUAGAGGUCCAUCACCCGACUAUGCUGAUAUCAUUAAGCCUGACAUAGCUGCACCUGGAGCCAACAUCUUAGCAGCACAGGGGAAUUCCUACGCAAUUAAGUCAGGGACAUCAAUGGCUACCCCUCAUGUAACUGGCAUCAUCGCACUGCUAAAAUCCCUGCAUCCAAAUUGGUCUCCUGCUGCACUGAAAUCGGCCAUAGUCACCACAGCAUCUGUAACUGAUGAACACGACAUGCCGAUACUGGCGGAAGGGUUGCCUCGAAAGAUUGCUGACCCAUUCGACUAUGGAGGUGGACACAUCAACCCUAACAGAGCAGCUGAUCCUGGCCUGAUUUAUGACAUCGAUCCGAAUGUUUACAACUAUUUCUUUGGUUGCACCGCCACGAAGACUUCCGCAAGCUGCAAUAAAACAUCAAUACCAGGGUAUCUCUUGAACCUGCCAUCCAUCUCGGUUCCAUACCUGAGGUAUCCAAUUAGCGUAUCGAGAACGGUCACAAAUGUAGGCGAGGUUGAUGCAGUAUACCAUGCUGCAAUUGAAAGCCCAGCUGGAGUCAAGAUCGAAGUUGAGCCGUCUGUUCUUGUAUUCAAUGCUGCAAACAAAAUUCAUACAUUUCAGGUCAAAAUAUCACCUAUGUGGAGGUUACAAGGGGAUUACACAUUUGGAAGCAUUACUUGGUACAAUGGUAAAAAAACAGUGCGAAUUCCAGUAGCAGCCCGGAUCACAAUUCAUGAUUUCUUCGCAGAUGUUGCAUAACUAGGGCGAAACAUGAGAUGACAUCAUAUUGUUCUUGUACUUUUUGAAAGACUAUCAUAGUGUUUUAACUUUUGAGCAUUGUAUAGAAAACAUAAAUAAUUAAGAAGUGCCCAGAUCCAUUAUGGCCUUACUUGUGUAAUCCUUUUUCUUAUCGGAAUCAUAUAAACAGCUGCCAUUGUUGCAGCAGGUUAAAUUUUAAUGAAGUUGUUUGUGC